GAGCAUCCCAAACACCAUGAUGGCCGGAACGAUGGAUCAUGAUAGAAGAUGUGCGCAUGAUGACUGGUAGAUGACAUCAGAAUCCCGCACUCCAUCCACGUUGGUCCGGAGAGAUCCACGCCAUCGUCCACACGGGACAUCACCGUAACAGGAACCGGCAGCAAAAUGGCCAACAAACACCACACACAAACACGUACAGAGCCGCGUCGACACUCGAAAGAAUCGAGAAACGACGUGCAAGACUUGCUCAAACGCUUCGCUUUCGUUCCGCUUCUGCUACUGACUGCCUUGCUCGCGAGGUACUUGUUAUCACCCACUCCCACAACCUUGACAGAAACCGUGAUACCGGCACCCGUUCUGCCCAACAUGGCUCAUCAGUAUUCGCUGCCGAAGUUGCCAUACGCCUACAACGCGCUGGAACCGCAUAUCUCCGAGCAGAUCAUGACGCUUCACCAUUCGAAGCACCACCAAACCUACGUCACCAACCUGAACAACGCGCUGUCGUCCUACACCUCCGCGCUCUCCACCGGCAACGUUCCCGCGCAGAUCUCCCUCCAGCAAGCCAUCAAAUUCAACGGCGGCGGGCACAUCAACCACUCCCUCUUCUGGGCGAACCUCUGCCCCGCCUCAUCCCCCGACGCGACGCUCGCCGCGGCGCCGAAGCUCGGGGACGCGAUCAAGCGGACGUGGGGCGGGGAGGCACAGUUUAAGGAGGCGUUCGAGACGGCGUUGCUGGGGAUCCAGGGGAGCGGGUGGGGGUGGUUGGUGAAGGUGGAGAACCACACGGGGGAGCGCGGGCGGUUGGCGAUCGUGACGACGAAGGAUCAGGAUCCGGUGGUGGGGAAGGGGGAGGUGCCGGUGUUGGGGGUGGAUAUGUGGGAGCAUGCGUACUAUCUGCAGUAUCAGAAUGGGAAGGCGGCAUAUGUGAAGAACAUUUGGAAUAUCAUCAACUGGAGGACGGCGGAGAAGCGGUAUCUGGGGGGACAGGAUGAGUCGUGGUCCGUUCUCAAAGCUUCCAUGUAACGAGAUGGAAUGGCCCAUGCGUGGCAUUGGUAGAGAGAAGUCGUAGUCAAGUCGAAAAUCGUACAGAGAAUACACCCGGGUAUCAAUCAUAGCUUCACCUUCGCAUACUUGCUCGUCUCCCUCUCACACCACUCCACAAACCUCUCCGCCGUCCCAUCUCUCGUCGCCCUCACCAAAUCCUCUCGAUACCCCCCCAGCCUCCCCCACGGAAUCACAUGCGCCCCAUUCCUCCCUUCCCCAAUCUCCGGACUCCACCCCGCAAACAACUCCGUAAACGCCCCCAACCUCACCGGAUGCAAAAACACCCACCUCGCCAGCCACCGCGCCACGCUCGGCACAUCGCGCAUCAGCUCCGACGCCAAGUUCCCCGGGUUCCACGACACGCUCACGAUCCCGUCCUUCCCAUACCGCCGCGCGAACUCCGUCGCCAGCAUCAC